AUUUCCAUUCAAUGGUCUUCGAGCACCAUAAGUUCCAUAACAAUGACAUUUUCAAGAAGUGAGAGCUGUGAGAAUAGAUGCAAAGAGAUUCAUAAAUAUUUGGGGGAUGUAGUUUUUCUAAUUCAAAAUCUGGCUAGUCUUAGCCAAACUGAAUGCAAGAAAAUCAGAGACACAUACACAGAAAUUUAUGGGGAGGAUCUUGUUCAAAUUCUUGGAAGCACAGCAAUGGCUGGCCAAGAAUCUUCAAGGACAUGUGCAGCCUUGUCCAGUCUGAUGCUUAAUCCACACGAACGCGAUGCAGAGGUGGCAAGAGAGGCGCUUAAUGAGCCAAUCAAUUUUAAAGCUCUAGUCGAAAUAUUUACAUGCCGAAAAUCAAGCCAUGUUCUUCUCUUACUUCAAGCUUAUCGAACAAGAUUUAGGAGGCAAUUGGAUCAAGAUAUUGCAAAGAUUGAGCCUCCCAACCCAUAUCAGAAGAUAUUGAUGGCAUUGUCUGCAUCACACAAAGCACACAGUGCUGAUAUUAGCCAACACAUUGCCAAGUGCGACGCAAAGAGACUUCAUCAAACAGGAGAGGGAAAAUCAGGAGCCAUUGAUGAAUCUGUAGUUAUAGAGAUCCUCAGUAAAAGGAGCAUUGCACAGCUCAAACUAACAUUUUCCACCUAUAACCAUAUUUAUGGGCACACUUAUACAAGUUUUCUGAAAAAUGAAAAGUUUGGAGAGUUUGAAGAUGCAGUGAGAAUGGUGACGAAAUUCAUAUGCAAUCCGCCAAAGCAGUAUGCCAAGACGUUGUAUACAUGCUUAAAGGGCACGACAACUGAUAAGGGAGCUUUGAUACGAAUUAUGAUGAGCCGAGCCGAGGUCGACAUGGACGAAAUUCAGAAAGUCUUCAAGAAGAAAUAUGGUAUGGAAUUGAAAAGUGCCAUAUACGAUAGUGUUCCAGCUGGGAAUCACAGAGACCUUCUUGUUGCAUUGGCCACAAAGGUCUCCCUAGAUUGAUGAAUAAAGAGCACAUCUUCAAAAUUUCUAGCCUUAAAAUUAAUAUAGCCUGGUAAAAUUCUAUAUUUGAUUCAUAGUGAUCCAUCAAGACCAACAUGGAAUCUCAAUCUUUGAACUCGUGGCAAUAGAAACAUUAUUAGACUAAAAGUAAAGAAGUUUUAUAUAACUAAAAUAUUAAGAGUUUGAAAUGUGUUAUA